AUGGCCUUUGCUGGAUCGAUCCACGACUAUACCGGCGGUAUCAGACCACCAGUUACCGGCUUUGCCAGGACACGCACGCCAUCGUCUCUAGCCAGCCUCCUAGCUCCACCUCUCGGCUUUCAGCUGCCUAUACCGGGUCUACUGGCAAAAUCUAAACGUUCCAGCACCAUACACAUUCCUACAAGCUUCUAUGCCCCUAGGAUUGUCCUUAGACCCAACGACUACCCGCCCACGAUAUGA